AUCAGAAGAGGACAAAUUGCCCAGGAGGUUCCCUCGUCCGAAAUCGUCAAAUCUUGAAUCUCAGUCCAGUUUUAUACGCGAAGAACAACAACGGAAUACAUCUCCUUCAUCUGCGGGAACUACUCGUUGCGAUACACAUCGCAAUACGCCUACUUCUAGCGCUACUAGGAAUGAUUUUGAGGAUAAGUUACUAAGAUUAGUUUUGCAUAUGAAGCACCAGAACCAACAAAUUUUGUCGUGGAUACAGUGCCAACAAUCGCCAUCAGCACCAUCUGCAGUUCCUUGCUCCCUACCAGCAAAUGUACCUAUAAACUUCCCGAUAAGCACAUUUAAUGAUUUUAACAUCUUUGAGGAGUAUUUACGAGAAACUACUAAUUUAGAAGCUGUUUGUGACUAUUUGUCUACAGUGGGUGGUAAAGAUGCCACUACAACCACAAACCGAAUAUUAAAACGCUGCAUCAGCAAUAGCUUGGCCACUAAAUUUAGUUUUUUUGGGAAAAGGCAAAAUAAACGAGCAAUAAACGACACUCUCUUUAAGGAUCUAGUUAUUCGUGCAGUUAAAAAAUCACAACUUACUGCAACAGAGCAAGAUGUUGAAAACAUUUUAAAAGCUUGGCUGAAACAUGCUCCACAACGUGUUAAACUAGAAUCGAAAUAGGAACUCCAGUGACGUCGGGAUGGUGCAUAGGUAGAGAUUUGAUUUUUAUGAAUUUUAUAUGAAUUGCCUUUUUGUUACAUUAUUUUUGGUACUAAGUAAGAUAUAGUUAAAUAGUUAUUGUAAAUGCACAGUUCAUGAUAAUGAGCCAACGUAAGAAAAAACAAUUUAUUUCACAUCGACAAAUUUAUAGAAGAGUAAAUCAUGAUAUGCUUAGCAUUGGAAAAGAAUCAACGUCUUUUACUGAACAGGAAACUUCAGUUAGUCUUAGUCAUGUUGAAGCAGCAUCAUAUGAAACCAAAAGUCACAAUCACGGAAGUGAAAGUUCUAAUUUAUCUGAGGAUAACUUUUCUCAAGUAGAUUUUGAAAAUGAUAAUGUUGAUUCAGAAAAUGAGGAAUGUAGUUUUUCUGAGGCUGAAAAUGUACAGGAAACUCAAUCAACUUAUAUUUCAAACCAAAAUUGUACUGAUGAGCAAUGUACUGCUCCAAAUGAUUCUAUGACACUUAUCAACGAUCUCAGAAAAUGGGCAAUUCAUUCUAAAGUUCAUCAUUCAGCA